CUAAUGACAGCGGGCGGGGCAUGUGUUAGCUCAGCACUAGCCUGCAUGCUAUUAUUGAGUCGUUUGACAAAAUCUGAGCUACUCAUCUGAUAUAAUCAAACAAAACACAGGACUUUAACAAACAUAUAUAUCGUUCGCCAUUGAUAGAAAUGGCAGCGAUUGCAGUGGCAGAAAACACCAGAGUCUUUCUUCUGGACAUUGAAGGGACCACGACGCCCAUCACGUUUGUCAAGGAAAUCCUAUUCCCCUUCAUCAGAGAGAAUCUGGAGGAGUAUCUGUCUGCUCACUGGGAGGAGGAUGAAUGCAAACAAGACGUGCAUCUGCUCAAGAAACAGGCUGAAGAAGACCUGCGGCAGAAUAAAGCGUGCCCCGUGCAUGCGGUGGACCAGACGGUGCACACAGACGAGGAGAAGGCCAUCCGGGAGGUGGUGGAGAGCGUGCUGUGGCAGAUGGCAGCGGACAGAAAGAGCACUGCGCUCAAGCAGCUGCAGGGCCACAUGUGGAGAGCCGCCUAUGUGACGGGGAAAAUCAAAGGCGAGGUGUACCCGGAUGUGGUUCCAGCCAUCAGACGCUGGAGGCGUGGAGGUCUGAAGGUCUUCAUCUACUCCUCAGGAAGUGUGGAGGCGCAGAAGCUGCUCUUUGGCUACUCUGUCGAAGGCCAUCUCUUAGAUUUGUUUGAUGGUCACUUCGACACCAACAUUGGUGCCAAAGUAGAAAGUAAGAGCUAUGAGAACAUCGCAGAGAGGAUUGGAUGCCAACCGGAGGAAAUCAUGUUCUUAACCGACCUCGCACGAGAGGCAAAGGCAGCAGAGGAUGCUGGGGUGAACGUGGCUGUCGUCGUUAGACCUGGAAACACGGAGUUAACCGGAGAAGAAAGGAGCCGUUAUAGAGUCAUCACAUCUUUCAACCAGUUAAAACUGAGCGGAAACGUUUGACAGCGCAGAACAGGGAUUACAGCAUCGGAUCAUGUGAAAAACCAGCGGUUAUUAUGUGUUGUUAUUCCACUGGACUGAAACGCCAAGCCUCCCAGGUGCUUGUUUUUUACACUGAAGCCCAUCUUUGAAUUAUCAUACACUUGCAGUCUCUUUGAAUGUUUUCUAUGCGGUGUUAAUGUGUAGCAUAUGACAUAUUCAUGUCCAGAUACUUCUGUCUCUAUUCCCCACCUGUGCAGUGAUAUAAAAUAUGAUAACCUGCCAACUAGACACAGGUUUAGUGUGAUUGUACCUCAUGUCAGUCUUAUAAACUUCAGUAUCAAA